UCGCAGGCAGCGCUGGCGGAGGGAGGCAGGCAGCCAGCGGCGGGGUUUUUCCUGUUGCCUGGCUGCUGACCCCCCACAGGAAGAUAACGGAGCGGCGGGGGCGGAGCAGCUCUCACACAUGCCUGGCUGCGGACCCAUCAUCAUAUAAGGAGCGGGAGCCAGCGUCUCGGGUCCUGACACGGUGGCUCUGGGCAGAGAGAAAAGCCGAGCGACUGGUCCCGGGAACUCAGCCCCCAGUGCAGGGUCCACGCCUGAGGGAGGCAGCCCCGCGGACGGAGGGACGGAGGGAGCAGCCAGGCCGCCGGCUGCUCGGGGCACAGAACAGGCUUCUGCGGAUGGACCCUGAGCCGAGCGAGCACUGAACCCAGCGUCCCAUGCGUGGCAGCCUGCGGAGCGGCCGGAGGGGCAGCGGAGACGCAGGCAUGUGGCAGCUCGUGUUCCUCACGCUGAGCUGGGACCUGGUCCCGGCCGCAGCCCACAGCCUCCACAGGAGCAUGGAUGGCGUGGGGCGGCGGCAGUACCAGGUGCAGCACGGCGCCUGCAGCUACACCUUCCUGCUGCCUGAGACCGACAACUGCCGCCCGCCCGCCAGCUCCUAUGUGCCCAACUCGGUGCAGCGGGACGCGCCCCUCGACUACGACGACUCGGUGCAGAGGCUGCAGGUGCUGGAGGGCAUCAUGGAGAACAACACGCAGUGGCUGAUGAAGCUGGAGGGCUACAUCCAGGACAGCAUGCGCCGGGGCGCGGCCGCACUGCAGCAGAGCGCCACGCACAACCAGACGGCCGCCAUGAUGGAGAUCGGCUCCAGCCUCCUCAACCAGACGGCGGCGCAGACGCGCAAGCUGACGGACGUCGAGGCCCAGGUGCUGAACCAGACCACGAGACUGGAGCUCCAGCUUCUGGAACAUUCCCUGUCCACCAACAAACUGGAGAAGCAGAUCUUGGACCAGACCAGUGAAAUAAACAAGCUGCAGGAUAAGAACAGCUUUCUAGAGAAGAAAGUGCUCGACAUGGAAGGCAAGCACACGGUGCAGCUCCAGUCCAUGAAGGAGGAGAAGGACCAGCUGCAGGUGCUGGUGUCCAAGCAGAACUCCAUCAUCGAGGAGCUUGAGAAGCAGCUGGUGACGGCCACCGUGAACAACUCGGCCCUGCAGAAGCAGCAGCAUGACCUCAUGGAGACCGUGCACAGCCUGCUGACCCUCGUGUCCACGUCGGGCGCAGCCCGGCCGGCCCCGGCCACGAAGGAGGUGCAAGUAGCUUUCCGAGACUGCGCAGAGGCUUUCAAGUCCGGCCUGACCACCAGCGGCGUCUACACGCUGACGUUCCCCAACUCCACGGAGGAGACAAAGGCCUACUGCGACAUGGAGUCUGCCGGAGGGGGGUGGACCCUCAUCCAGCGGCGAGAGGACGGCAGUGUCGACUUCCAGCGGACUUGGAAAGAGUAUAAAGCGGGCUUCGGGAACCCGGCCGGUGAGCACUGGCUGGGGAAUGAGUUUGUCUCCCAGGUGACCACCCAGAAGCGCUACGUGCUGAGGAUCCGCCUGGCCGACUGGGAGGGCAACGAGGCCCAGGCCCUGUAUGAGCACUUCUCCCUCUCGGGCGAGGACCUCAACUACAGGAUCCACCUCAAGGGCCUCACGGGGUCGGCCGGCAAGAUCAGCAGCAUCAGCCAGCCAGGGAGUGAUUUCAGCACCAAGGACGUGGACAGGGACCGGUGCAUCUGCAAGUGCGCACAGAUGCUCACGGGAGGCUGGUGGUUCGACGCGUGUGGCCCCUCCAACCUCAACGGAAUGUACUACCCCCAGAGGCAGAGCACCAACAGGUUCAACGGCAUCAAGUGGUACUACUGGAAGGGCUCGGGCUACUCGCUCAAGGCCACGGCCAUGAUGAUCCGGCCCGCGGACUUCUGAGGCCGGGCCCGCGGAGGGCCGGGCCGCGGCGUCCUCACCAGAAGGCCGGGGGACACGGCGGCAUUGUCCCUCCGCCCCAGAGGGAAGCACCCGGGGCCCGAGUCGGAGCCCCCAAACUCCCCACUGACACCUGUCCUGCUCGGCAACCCCAGCACAGCCCGACCUUCACCUCGUGACUGUAGGGUGUCUGUGCAGAGACGAGUUUAUGCUGCAAACGGAUGAUGGCUCGCAGGCUCCUGCACGCCGAGAGCAUCAGUGAAUAACUGGAAACAGCUCCGGGCUCCCGGGUCGUCUGGAUGCACCCCGCUUGCCUGCCGGCUGACGACGGAGGGGACGGCAGCCUCGCGCCCAGCACAGACUAGGUCCCUGCGAGGGUCAGAGUGCCUUCUGCCCUCUCUUGGGUGCUUUAAUUUUCAUCUGGAAACCGCGUGUCUGCACAGGCGUCGCCAGCUGCGUUCUAAGCUAAUGCUCAAAAAGAUGUCAAGUUUAUACGAAAAAACUCCCAGGAUGUAUUCUUUUAUUUCAUGUAAAGAUUGUACACUUAUUUUUGCUGCCUGACUGUUAACUAUGAAGGUAUUUUUAGUAAUUAAAUGUAACUUAUGAGGUGAA